GCCGCGAUCAUCGUUGGAUGUCUUCCGCAAAGCCUGAUUUCAGCCUCUAUGGGGGCGCCGAGUCGCUCACGGAAGGCAAGCCGCACCGGGCCCCCCGCAGGACCGUCGUCGUCCGCCCGACGCAGCAGGACGACGGCGUGUCGCACCCCGCGCCGCCGCAGGACCCGACCGACUUUCUUUGGCUCAUGACCGAAGAGCCGCACCGCUCGCGGCGCAUGGCCAUCAUGAAGGCGCACCCCGAGGUGACGAAGCUCAUGGGCCACGAACCCCUCACCAAAUACGUCGUGACCGCCGUCGUGUCCCUCCAGCUAACGUGCGCGUACCUCCUCCGGCACACGCACCCGCUCUCGUGCAAGUUCCUGCUCUGCGCGUACGCGAUCGGCGGGACCGCGAACCACAACCUCUUCCUCGCCAUCCACGAGAUCACGCACAACCUCGCCUUCCGCGGCGUGCGCGCCAACAAGGCCCUCGCCGUCUUCGCCAACCUGCCCAUCGGCAUCCCCUACGCCGCCGCGUUCAAGAAAUACCACAUCGAACACCACAAGAACCUAGGCGAAGACGGGAUCGACACCGACCUCCCCACCCGGCUCGAGCUCCUCCUCCUCAACAACGUCCUCGGCAAAACCUUCUUCGCCACCUUCCAAAUCCUCUUCUACGCCCUCCGCCCGACCUUCGUCCGCGCCCAAACCCUCACCCGCUGGCACCUCCUCAACCUCUUCUCCCAACUCACCUUCGACUACCUCCUCGUCUCCGCCCUCGGCUGGACCCCGCUCGCCUACCUGAUCAUGUCCAGCUUCUUCGCCGGCAGCCUCCACCCCUGCGCGGGCCACUUCAUCGCCGAGCACUACCUCUGGGACGGCCUCGCGCAGGAGACCUACUCCUACUACGGCCCGCUCAACGCCCUCGCCUACAACGUCGGCUACCACAACGAGCACCACGACUUCCCCUCCGUACCCUGGACCCGCCUCCCCGCCCUCCGCGCGCUCGCGCCCGAGUUCUACGACACCAUCCCCUCGCACCCCUCCUGGCCGAUGGUCAUCGUCAACUUCAUCCGCGACGCCGACGUCGGCAUCUUCGCCCGCGCCAAGCGUCUCCGCAGCUACAAGCGCGCCGCGAGCGAAGCGGAGAAAGCGGGCAAGGACGAGGACGGGUCCGAGACGGAGACGCUCGUGGACCCGGACGGCGUCGAGAUCAACAAGGUCGAGUGA